AUGGGAUGGUCCACACGGCACCAAAUUAAUGAAAGAGUCUGUCAAAGUUUACCAAGAACUCUUAAGGAUAUUUUCGUCCAUCUUGCUGGCAAGAUUGAUUUUGAAGAACACGAGAAAGCUGAACAUAAUUGGCUUUGUUCACGCAAGUGCGGUGUUGAUGAGGAUGUGUUGGUUGAAAUAAUCCAUGCAAAGUCCCUAAUCCUACAAACGAUGAAGAUUGUGAAUGAUCUAGACAAUAAUAAUAAUGUUUCAAGAUGGAAACAGCAGAUGAAAUCAAAUUCAAAACCAAAGAAACGCAAAGACAAAGAGGUAAAAACCGGUAUACAGAAAAGGGAAAAAGGAAAGUCAAGACACAAUCCCCCCGGCUCUGAUAGAUCAAAUGCUACAUCUAACUCUGGCCCAAAUCUGUAUAAGUUAAUAACAGAAUUGCUUAAUUUUGCAACGAACCUUUUUGCCAAAUUAGCUGGAGGUGGUCAAAGUCAAGGUGAUAAAAGUGGUGCUGGUACUGUAACUAAAACUGAUUCACCGAAAGUGAAAACGCAUACUGGUAAAACUAUUAGAACACAAGAAAUGAAACAAAAGGUAGUUUUCAAAACUGUUCUUGAUUCUCCGUUUAAUAUAAGCUGGCCCGAUGUUUCAAUUAAAGACCAAAAUGAAAUCUUGGAUGCACUUUACGAGGCAGAUCUUCCACCACAAUUUUAUUCUCAUUUACCACAAUGUGCUGUAUAG